AUGCAAGGGCCGCAAAGCACUGGUGGUGAUUCAUCUACUGGAAUAAACUACGCAGAUGGAGAACCCAUUUGCAACACCAAUCCAGAGACUACUUCGACUACAUUGCUGAAUCCAGUGGAUGUUCAGUUCCCAAACAACAGUACUGCUUCAGGACGACCAACUUACGCAAGCUCGAGCUCGCAUGCUGUUCAAACUCAUCACAACUGGUGGAGUUUUGGUGAGUCCAGCUCUAGAUUGGGGCCUUCUGAUCAGGUCAGUUCAAAGACAGAUCGCCAGCUUCCUUCAGGCGGCGGCGGCUAUGGGUUUGAGGAAGGGCAAUCAGGCUCUAAUGGACCUUCCUACUUGCGUGGCUCAAGCUCCAAUCAUAUGUUGAGGCAAAUAAAUCUUGGCAAGGACAUGGACAUUAAUGCUAGUGGUCUCCAGACUUCAGGGGUUGUUACUCGCCAUAACAACUCUGAGAGCUUAUUAGGAAGCUCAAGUCAAACCGCAGAGGAGAGAAGCAGUGGCUUAGGCUCGUCUUGCAAGAGAAAGGCUCUUGAAGGAUCUCCUAGCCAUUCUCUUCAUGGUGAAAGUCCUGGUUGCUUUUUUCAAACUGAGAGCAGUGCUUGGAAUGAAGGUAUUGGUCACUAUGAUGCUUCAAGUAGCCUGAGUUUGUCUAUGCCCUCGCAUAACCAGUCUGAUCAGCCGGAGCCAAGAUAUGGAAUUGGUGGUGGAAGAGCAGUUGCAGCAAGUGCUUUUCCUUCUACAAGAAGCUCUGAAACCAUAUCUAGGCCCGGCAGGCGGUUAAAUCAUGGGCCACUGCAAGAGUCAGCAACAUUCAGCUUUUCACCAUCCGGUCAUUCAGUGCGUCAACCACCAGCAACUUCUCCUUUUGCUGACUCUGUGGAUGCAAGGGCAAUGCCAAUCACCGGUAGUAGUAGCUCAAGCGGUGGUGAGAGUCAGCCAAGUUUGAUCCACCUUCCUGCAUUGACCAGAAACAUACACCACUUUGCUUGGAAUGCUUCUUCCAGUUCAAGAACAAACAAUACCCCUGGAGAGGGACUUGGACCACCGUGGGAGGCUCCAAGAGCCAGCUCAGAGCAGCCAGUCUUUACCUCAUCUGCAACCGAAACGAGAAAUCCAGUGCAGGAUCAGUUUCAUUGGAGUUUCAGCCGUGGUAGUGCAUCUGGAGAUUCUCCUUUUGUUCCUCGAGCAGGAUCGAGUUCAGGGAUUAAUGCUUUCCAGCCGAGUCCCAGGUGGGGUAUUCCCAGUGAUGAAUCAAUGAUAUCAGAAGUUGCUCCUUGGUCUUUGUUUCCCAGUACUGAAGCAGAACCUCCUGCUUCUCUUCCGUUAGUACCCACAGCUCCUUCUGUUUCUUCAAACGAAGCUGCAGCGCCAUCUGGAUCUGGCAGUAGUCGGAGUCAUCGCUCUCGACAAAGAAGAUCAGGAUUGUUACUGGAAAGGCCAAAUGAUGUUCUCCAUUUGCGUCACUUAGGAAGAAGCUUAGCUGCUGAUAACGAUGGAAGGAACCGACUGAUUUCUGAGAUACGGCAGGUGUUAGGUGCCAUGCGAAGAGGAGAGAAUUUACGGUUUGAGGAUUAUAUGGUAUUUGAUCCACUGAUCUACCAUGGUAUGGCCGAGAUGCAUGAUAGGCAUCGUGAUAUGCGUCUCGAUGUUGACAACAUGUCGUAUGAGGAGCUACUGGCACUUGGGGAACGCAUAGGAGAUGUGAGCACGGGGCUAAGCGAAGAGGUGAUCCUGAAAGCAAUGAAACAGCACAAACAUACAUCUUCCGCUGCUGAAUCCCACCAGGACAUGGAGCCUUGCUGUGUCUGCCAGGAAGAGUAUGCAGAAGGGGAUGAUCUAGGAACAUUGGGAUGUGGCCAUGAAUUCCACACUGCCUGCGUGAAGCAAUGGCUCAUGCUCAAGAAUCUCUGCCCGAUCUGUAAGACAGUGGCUUUGUCGACAUGA